CUUCACCGUUCGUUGGAGACGGCUCUGCACAAUUCGGGUCGGACCCGUACUGUGGAUUAAAAAUACAAGAAAAAAUUUUGUAAACAGAGAAGUGGCAAAGUAGCCGUCUCAAAUCGUGUCUUAGGCAAAUGAACUAUGCGGUGAAAUGAUCGGGCGAUGAAGACUUGCUGUAAUAAUGAAAUAACGCAGCUCAUUCUCACACGAUAUAUCACAAAUAGGUUAUAACCGUUUCUGCUGGAUAUCUAACAAUAUUUAAUAUUGUUUCUACACUUCAACUUAUAAACUUCUACGCAAAAUGGAUGUUGAGAAAAUUGCUAUGGUCGCCGGUGUCGGGUUUGCCCUUGUUAUCGGCGCUUUUGUACUUUGGGGACCUUCGCCUAGGCCUAGGCGAAGAGGCCAAAUUAUUGGACUGACCAAUCUAGGAUACACUUGUUUCAUGAACGCACUUCUCCAGUCUCUAGCAGCGUGUCCAAUGUUUGUCGGCUGGCUUCGGACGCAGCUUGUCAACAAUGAAAAUGGCCAAUUUGCCCGGAGCCUUCUCUCCAUUCUAGAUAAGGUAAAUGGCUUCUGCGACGAAAUGAUAUAUGGAGACGUAACACCAAUUGAAAUAAUAACGUCCCUUGGACCACUAUGGAUCUUCACACCUGGACACCAAGAUGCUCACGAGCUAUUCCACGUUGUACUCGGUGCUCUGCAGGCUGAAAUGCAGCCACUUAACAGAAAAGGUUGUCUGUCGGACGCCUUGCCUAAAACUGACAUUCCUAUGACGUCCGAUAUUAGGGGAUCCGGCGAUCCAUUUGGGAUGCGGACAAGUGUGUCUUGCAACGAUAUUGCAAGGAAGGAUGAGGCUCGAGAAUCAGAUGUACACAAUACCUGUCUUCCCGAUCAAAUGACAGCCUCCACCAAGUCGAUUCCAAAAGCAUUCGGUAGUUCCAUUGACGGCGCAAAGCCAGGAAUGAUUAUUGCCCGGUCUUCUGAGGUGAUAUCCAGAGAUGGUGAAGGAGAAAACUCGAAAGCAGCUUUCCCUUUUCGAGCAUGGAACUCUCUCUGCACAAUUCCUGGCCCUAGCAUUCCUGCCAUGUCAAACGUGACGCAUCCCUUCUCAGGACUUCUUACUAGCCAAUUACAGUGCACAAAUUGCAACUGGAAGUCUUCCGUCCAUUAUGACAAAUUUGAAAGCGUUUCCUUACCAUUACCGCCAGCCAGUAACACUCUGACUUGGCGACGUCACACACUGGCUGAGUUGUUGUCACGUUUUGUGACCAGCGAAGUGAUCCAUGAUGUACAAUGUGAUGGAUGUGGCUUGCGAUGUCCGGCUGUCAAGACUCUGACGCUGGGAAAAUUACCAAAAUGCUUGUGUCUUCAUAUUCCCAGAACAACUUGGGGUCCAUCAGGGGUGCCUGUAAAAAGAGACGAUCCUAUAAUAUUUCCAGAAAUAUUAAUACUCGAUCCUUUUACGUUUACUGAAGCUAAGAAGAGGAAUUCUCAGGGCAAACCGCAAGCGAUGAUCGGUAUGCUGGACCAAAAUUCAGGCAUUGGCAGGAACAGGAACAGGUACAAAUUGCAGUCUGUGGUAGAGCAUCGCGGUCCUGUAGACGCCGGGCACUUUGUAUCUUAUCGACGAGGAAACAGGCCCGGCCAAUGGAUGUACACGUCGGAUGUAACGGUAGAAUGUACGACACUGACAGAUGUAUUGUGUGCCAGUCCGUACUUGCUUUUCUACGAACGAAUUAACGGAUCUUAAAUGUAACCAGAGGUUGAGGUGGAUAACAUAUCACGUUCGAACGUGAGACAUUAUUGCCAAGUAUUGAAUCAAUCAUACCGACAAUGUCACCAAAGAAUGCAAGCAUAGCUGACAUUGUUCAACAUAGUUUGCAAUGCAAUCAAUUUAUUUGAUAAGAGUAUUGUUCGUAUUUGACAACGAUUAUCCUAAUAUCGAGAGAUUUGAUACUUUUUUAGUUUUAUCACGUGAUUGUUAUUUUCAGUCUAGGAUUCGAUUAGUCAGUUUUACCAUUUAUCGGAAUUGUAGACGGGUAUACAUGUAAACGGAAACGUAUGUUUUUAUAAGACUCAAUCGGCGUGAUAGCCAAGAGUUACUAUUAUAUGGAAUAAGACUGUGCCCACGGGGUUGUGAACUGAUACGAGCGUAGAGUUUUGUAUUUCUUACUCCAGAAGAGUUUAACACGAAUAAUUUUUUCUUAUUCAUGUGUACAUUUACGUAACUUGUACAAUAUGAUAUUUGCAAAGCACGGAUCUAAUUUAUAUCUAGUUACUAUUUUACAUAUAUUCGAGUCUAUUAUUUAUUAACUACUAGGGCUUUGACCAUGCGCUAUUAGCUAUAUCACAGUGAACGAGUCACUUUACCAUGCAACAUCCAUUUUCCGAAUCCCUUAUAGAUCCCUGUAUUGUGACCGAAAAACCCCUUUAAGGUAUCAAAAACUUAUAUAUCUUAAAUAUUGUGUUUAGAAUAGUAUAUACCAUGUAACUUCCAACUGACGUAUUGUGCAUUGUCGAUAAAGAUUCCUUUAAGGUUUUGUAGAUGCGUUAUCUUAAAAUGUGCCAAAAGGUUACUGCCAGUCCCAAUAAUUUAGAGCAUAAAUAUAAACAAUAGACAGCGCCCAACAUCUAUAUUAUAGGAUUCGAGUUGUUAAGUAAACGAUUGUAAUUUAUACACACGUAUAUAAACUAUAAUGAACUUGAAGCAAGGAAGCGGUUAAUUAAAGAUUUGAUGGUUA